AUGGCUUCGGAGGCUUGGGAGAAGCUCUUUGGCGUGGUGGAAGACUUCAAGGAAGAGCUUCGGAGCUGGAGCUCCAAGGAGCAUGCGGCUGUGCAACAACAGGCGGAGGAGGCGGAAGAAUUGAAAGGCGUCCUAGAGGUCUCUGAGGAGCCUUGGGAGCACGUGACUGAACUGCUUCGCAGAGCAAAGGCGCAGAAGGAGCAGCUGUCAACGAUGUGCGAGCUCCUUCAGAAGCAUGCCAAGCUGUUGGAGGGUUCCAAGGAGAAGCUGCCACAGGGUGGCAGUUCCGCGUCGGCUGAGGAACUGCACAGGUUUCUUGUGCCCGCUCUCCAGCAGCUCGCGGAGACUCAGAAGCCCGAGGCAGAGGGGAAAGCGGAGGCCAAAGAAACUCAUGAGGCCCAAGAGGGGUCCGAGGAAGAAAAGAAGGCAAAGAAGAAGGUGGCCAAGCCCAAAAAGAGCAAGACUAAAGAAAAAAAGGGCCGAGAGGAGAGGCACAAGAAGUCCAGCAAGGAACUCGAGUCCGACGGAUCGCAGGAUUACUCCGACUAUAGUAGCUACUCCAGAACCCCAACGCCUCGGCCCAGACGCAGGCGGAAGAGGCGCGUGCGGCGUCGGCGCAGGCCCAGCCCAAGCUCGCCAGCUACACGCCUUCACCGCGGCCUCGUCGGAAGCGGCGUCGAAACCGGGAGGAACUUCACAGGGCUCUAUGCCGGUUCUUUCACGUCUCCGAUUAUCAUGCCA